AUGAAAGGUGUUCAAAAUUCUCCUAAGGGAAUAAGGCAAUUGUUGCCUGUUAUGUUGAUAAGCUUGGUGAUCCUCGUAAUGUACACGAUAUUUAUCACAUUUUACUGCAUGCUUUUGCUACAAAUCAAUGUCCAAAAGGAGUAUGUCGACAAUGACUUGUUAAAGGAGGGAUAUUCUAAGUUGAUCACGAUUCAUAUUUUACUCGUCAUGUUAAUAUGGUCAUUUUACAAAACCUACACCGUGGAUCCGGGUGGUAUCCCAGACACCCAUGAGUGGAUUGUCGAACCGGAUAUUAACAGAAUAAAGGAGAGAGAACAAAAUGGUGAAUUGCGCUACUGCAGACACGAGAAAAAGUACAAACCAGACAGAGCUCACUAUUGCAGGAUUACCAAGAGAAACAUACUAAAGAUGGAUCAUUACUGCCCAUGGGUAGCAAACGGUGUUGGCUUCUACAACUACAAGUUUUUUUUGCUAAGCAUUUUUUAUGCAAAUCUAUGCUGUCUAUAUGUCGAGGUCAACUGCUACAAGUCCUUCCCCGAUCUGUACUCCAACCCAAACGUCCUUUUUAAUGAAGUUUUUUAUAUUUUCCUGGAAAUCUCCUUGGCAACAAUUAUCUUGCUAAUUAUAUUCCCUUUUUUUUUAUUUCACCUGUAUUUAACUUCCCAAAAUUAUACGACUCUGGAAUUUUGUGUGAUUGGGAAGAGAGACAAACGAAGCAUGUACGACUUGGGUGUUGAGGAAAACUUCAAGCAAGUUCUUGGGGAUCAAAUCCUUAUGUGGUUUCUUCCAAUUGGAAUCCCCAAAGGAGACGGAUUAUUCUACCAUACAAUGGUCACUAUGCAUAAUUAUUCCUUUCAUGGCUAA